AAGUGCAUGUUCUCUGUUUUCCAGAAGUCUGGUAUUUUUGUCACAGUGUGCCGUCAUGGAUUCCUUUUGUCCAUAUGCGACAUGUUUUUCAGGAUGAAAUAUCUGCUGGUGACAAUCAACAAAUUAAUGGACAUUUUUACUAAGCGGUUCCUUUACAGCUAUGAUAUCAAAUGCACGUUCCAUUCCAUCCUUCAAUGCUCAUCCUUAGGACCUGCUGUACGAAAUAUUGGUAUUGAGGGUGUUGUGCCUGGAUUCUAUGGACAUGUCCAUAACCAUCUCUGUCAAGUUCAACAUCACUCUAAGUUCAUGCUUGGUGCUGGCAAAGAGGACUUCAAGACUUGUGAAUGA